AUGGAAACAACCGACACAGACACCUCGAAAACCACCCCACAAAACACCGCGUCACCUAGAGACGUGGCUUGUUUAAGCCCAGCUGCUCUGCCCACCACACGCGCAACUGACGCCACUGAUGUCGAGGAAGGUCGAGCUGCCUACGGGCCGGGCGGAUUCCACCCGGUAUACGUUGGCGAUGUAUUCUCCGAGAAAUACCAGGUGCUGAGCAAAAUUGGCUACGGCGUCCAUUCCACCAUGUGGCUCGUGAAAGACCUGUCCAAACCGGAAGACGAUCCACAGAGAUUCCGAGCCUUGAAAGUGCUCAGCGCCAUGUGCUACGGCACCGACAAGCCGAUUUUCGAGCGGGAGAUCUUGCGACACCUGGGGGAUGGGAACCGCGGACUGGCGGGGCGCAGGUACAUCUGCCAUCUCGUCGACGACUUUGAGCACCAGGGCCCAAACGGAACACAUGUCUGCCUUGUAUUCGAGAUCAUGGGCGAGACUCUGCGGAGCUUCGGUGCCUGGCUCAAAGACGACAUGAUCCCGUACUCCAUCAUGCGCCGCUUCGCCAUCCAGCUAAUCCUAGCACUCGACUACGCCCACGAGGAGAAGGUGAUCCAUACAGACAUUCAACCCGCCAACAUAUUUGUCAGCUCCGCUUCCGAGCUUCCGAAGCAAGACCGAUCCGAGGAGCAGUACACCCCAAUACCCUCUUAUCCCCUGCGCGCGUAUUACUUUUCCGGGGACGACUGGAAGAACUUCCACGAGUUCGACAUCGCCCUCGGUGACUGGGGCGUAGCCAGCUGGGCCGACAAGCACUUGUGCGAAGUAAUCCAGCCCGUCGCGCUCCGCGCACCCGAGGUUCUUAUCCGAGCGCCGUGGGAUGCAAAGACAGACUGGUGGAACUUGGGCGCCGUCAUAUACGAAGUGUACCGCUGCUUCCGCAUGUUCGACGGCAGGUGCCCCCCGGACGGGCACUACGAGCUGAAACAGCACCUCGCGGAGAUUGUGGACAUCUUUGGACCGUUUCCUAAGGCACUGUUGGAAAAGGGCGACCCGGUGCUUGUGAAGGAGAUGUUUGAUGACGAGGGCAAGGUCAGAGAGCCGAUCCCGGUGCCUUUGGAUCGGCCGGCGCUGUCGUCAGAAGACUGCAUGCCGGGCCUAAGCGAGGAGCAUCGGAACCGGUUUGAUAUCUUCCUAAGGCUCAUGAUGAGCCUCAACCCGGAUGAACGGCCGACGCCGGAAGAGUUGCUGAGACAUCCGUGGUUGGACGCCUUGAAAUAG